GCCGGAGCUGCAGGAUUACAGCGAGGGGCUCCGAGGGGAAGGGCUGCGGAGAGGCUGGGCUUGAGGUUUAACCCUUGCCACCUGGAAAACUAAAUGUACAGUUCGUCUUGAGACUGAACCAGAAUUGCUGAAAAUGCUGCUGCUGUGGACACAGCUGUUCCUCAUAUCAUUUCUUGGCUGUCUUGGAGAUCUUGAAAACUCCAGGAUGAAGACGAGAAGCGCGGUGUCGGUUCGAGAGGGGCAGGGGGUCGUGCUGCUCUGUGGAACAUCCCCCCGCACAGGAGAUUUGUCAUUUGCUUGGAUCUUCAAUGAGUAUCCAUCAUUUGUGCAAGAGGACAGCCGUCGCUUUGUGUCUCAAGAGACUGGUCACCUCUACAUAGCCAAAGUUGAGCCAUCAGACGUGGGAAACUACACCUGUGUUGUCACCAGCACGGUCACCAACAGCCAAGUUCUCGGGUCACCCACUCCUCUGGUGCUGCGCACGGAUGGUGUGAUGGGAGAAUAUGAACCCAAAAUAGAAGUUCAGUUUCCUGAGACACUUCCUGCAGCUAAAGGCUCGACUGUGAAACUCGAAUGUUUUGCGCUAGGAAACCCUGUGCCUCAGAUUAACUGGAGAAGAACUGAUGGUCUGCCAUUUCCAAGUAAAAUAAAGCUGAGGAAAUCCAAUGGCAUGAUUGAAAUACCAAACUUCCAGCAAGAGGAUGCAGGGCUCUAUGAAUGUAUAACUGAAAAUUCCAGAGGAAAAAACAUUGCGAGAGGACGUCUCACUUACUAUGCAAAACCUCACUGGAUCCAGACAAUAAAAGACCUGGAAGUUGCUGUAGAAGACACAUUAUACUGGGACUGCAGAGCAAGUGGGAAGCCCAAACCAUCAUACAGGUGGCUGAAGAAUGGAGACCAACUGUCAAUAGAGGGAAGGAUCCAAAUUGAAAAUGGUGCACUUACAAUAUCAAAUCUAAAUCUGACAGAUUCUGGCAGAUACCAGUGCAUAGCUGAAAAUAAACAUGGUGUCAUCUAUUCAAGUGCAGAGCUCAGAGUUGUAGCUUCUGCUCCAGAUUUUUCCAAGAAUCCCAUGAAGAAACUGAUCCAGGUCCAAAUAGGCAGCACGGUUGAUUUUGAGUGCAAACCCAAAGCUUCCCCUAAGGCCAAAUGCUUCUGGAAGAAGGGAGGUGAGCAGCUACACGAAAAUGAAAGAAUCAUGUUAUUAAAGGAUGGAGGACUAAGAAUAGCCAAUGUGAGCAAAGCUGAUGCUGGAAGCUACACCUGCCUGGCAACAAACCAGUUUGGAACAGCCAGUGGCUCCACAAACUUAAUAGUUACAGAGCCAACCAGGAUUACUUUGGCACCUUCCAACAUGGAUGUCACCGUUGGAGAAAGUGUUGUCUUGCCUUGCCAGGUUCAGCACGAUCCAAUCCUGGACAUCAGCUUCACCUGGUACUUCAAUGGGACACUCACUGAUUUCAAGAGAGACGCUUCCCACUUUGAGAAGGUUGGAGGGAGUGCGUCAGGAGAUUUAAUGAUUAGAAACAUCCAGCUGAAACACAGUGGCAAAUAUGUUUGCAUGGUGAAGACAGAAGUGGAUAGUGUAGCAUCUGCAGCAGACCUGAUCGUGCGGGGCUCACCUGGGCCCCCUGAACAUGUGAAAGUGGAUGAAAUAACCGACACCACGGCUCAGAUCUCCUGGCAAGAAGGCACAGAUAAUCACAGCCCAGUAACCACCUACACCAUACAAGCAAGGACACCCUUCUCAGUUGGCUGGCAGCGAGUCACAACAGUUCCGGAGGUGAUUGAUGGAAAAACAUUCACAACCACAGUUGUGGAUUUAAAUCCUUGGGUGGAAUAUGAAUUCCGUGUAGUUGCCAGUAACAAAAUAGGAGGUGGAGAACCUAGUUUGCCCUCAGAAAAAGUAAGAACUGAAGAGGCAGUUCCUGAAAUUCCUCCCUCUGAAGUCAGUGGGGGAGGAGGCAGCAGGUCUGAACUGGUCAUAACAUGGGAUCCCAUCCCUGAAGAACUACAAAAUGGAGAAGGAUUCGGUUAUGUGGUCGCUUUCCGCCCCUUUGGCACCACAACGUGGAUACAGACUGUGGUCACUUCUCCUGACACUCCCAGAUAUGUCUUCAGGAAUGAAAGCAUCUUGCCCUUUUCACCGUAUGAAGUCAAAGUUGGUGUCUAUAACAAUAAAGGAGAAGGGCCAUUUAGUUCAGUAACCACAGUUUUUUCAGCUGAAGAAGAGCCCAGCAUAGCACCCUCUGGGGUGUCUGCGACCAGUCUGUCCUCCUCGGUCAUCGAGGUCUCCUGGAUGCCCAUUCCCUGGAAGAUGAGCAGUGGAAGGUUACUGGGCUACGAGGUUAGGUACUGGAAUAAUGGUGGAAAAGAAGAAUCUUCAAACAGAGUAAAAGCUGCAGGGAAUGAGACAUCAAUAAGAAUAACAGGUUUGAAGAGCAACUUAGCAUACUACACAGCUGUGCGUGCUUAUAACAGUGCUGGAGCAGGUCCCUUCAGUGCCACAGUAAAUGCUACCACCAAAAAGACACCACCCAGUCAACCACCAGGAAAUGUCAUGUGGAACGUCUCUGACUCCAGAGUAAUCCUCAGCUGGGAGGAAGUAAGAGCUAUGGAGAAUGAGUCCGAGGUGACAGGGUAUAAGGUUUUGUACAGGACCAGCAGCCAGCCCAGCAUGAAGGUGCUGAACACAGACAAGCCAACAGCUGAACUCGUGCUGCAGUCUAAUGAAGAUUACAUUAUAGAAGUAAAAGCAACAACUGAGGGAGGAGAUGGCACCAGCAGUGAUCAGAUCCUGAUUCCCAGACUAGCCAGUAUGGAUGCAAGAGGUUCUGGUCCAUCAGUCUUGAAUAUCUUCAGUGUAUCCAGCUUUUUACCAACAAUAUUUUCGUUGACUCUUAACUCAGUGUUGUGAUUAGACCUUCUCAUUUCCUGGGAAACAAAAUGAAUUGGUUACUUCAGAAAAGUGCUUUUAAAAAAAAACCACAAAAACACUGCAGUGUUUAAUGCAUGUUUUUCUUUUAUCCUGACGUGUUUUUAAAUUCUUUACAUUUCACUGUAGGUUGAAGUAAAAAAAAAAUACAAUGUAAAAUUUAGCAAAUCCUUUAAAAAGGAGUCUAAAAUGCCUUAAUACUUGAACCAAAGGAGUUUACAUAUUACAUACUUCAGAUACAAUGUAAGAGAGAGGGGGAGUGAUGGCACUGUGAUCAGAGCUGGGAGUGACACUGAGGUGGUUUGGGUAUUUCCUGCAUGUUCAGAUCUUCCACAUGUGAAGUUGAAGUGGGAGACAGAGUUCUGUUGGCAACUGGGACAGUCGCACGUGGGACCAAGCAGUUCUCCUUAAAACUGGGUCAGAAUCCAGUUUUCUUAGUGCCCUUUAGAGAAAUUACUCUCAAUCUAGGAAGAAAUCAAAGUUGGAAGGUAAAGUCACAGUGGGCGUUAGUUGUGCCCAGUCAAUGUUGGGAUGUCCAAGAGGCAAGACCUUCCACUACUGCUCUUAAAUGAUGUCAGAGGUGUUUCAGAGAAGGCUCUCUGUUUUGUCCCUUAUCUUUUCAAUCACUUGACCUUUCUAUCUAUCAACAGACUACAAAGAUAAUCUUAUAACCCUACCUUGUAUUUUUUUAACCAGGUCCUUCAUUCAUAUCCAAGUUUUCCCACUUUCAGCAUCAUUUUUGUUGUCCUUCUCUGAACUCCUGUCAGUGUUUCCCUAACAAAAGUGCCCAGUUGAAAUGCAGUUGCACCAUGGCCUUACGAAAAGGGACUUCAGCCACCUCCCUACCUUGUGAUGUGGUGCUUUGAAAUAUGCAGCCCCAAAUUAACUUGCUCUUUUGUUUAUUGCUCUGCACUGUAAACUCAUCCUUAAUUCAGUGUUACAUUCAUAACUCUCCUUCCUGCUGCUCUUUAGCCAAUUCAAAAUUAUCUCACCUGGUCUAGCUCUAAUGCACCCCAUGACUGUUGUAUGAUUCUGGUAAGUUUAUGACAAUACUAUAGGUUACAAUAAAUGACACAAAGACACUUCAGGCUUGCUAUUUUAGAGAAAUCUCUUCUUUCUUUCAUUGCAAUAUAGUCAAGAUACAUUAAAACGUGGUACAUUUGACUUCUACAGUUGUGAGUUCAGCCAAAACAGCCUCUCGGGCACCUCUUAAAGAGCUGCCCACAUAUAUGGCAGAACAAGGGUUCAUGUGACACAAAACAUUCUUUUAAAGACAUUGGUUUGCAUUGUUAAAAAUCUCACAGUAUUACUAUGACACACAGAAAUAUAAGGGGAGAGAACCAGGAAUAAUGAAAUUACGGUAGCACUGUAGAAAAAUAAUACCUUGUUGUGCAUUCAGAUAGCAAAUUCCCAUAUUAGUAUCACAUCCAGAUGAAAUAUCUGCCGACUGCUGAAGUCAGCACGAUCUGUAUAUACUGUACAUACCUAGUUAUAAAUGGCUAGUUGCUUUUCAAUGUGGCUAACCAGUGAUGUUUUCAGACACUUGCAAAUGGGGAGGGGGUGGGAGAUGGAAAACAGGUGUUACUAGUAAUUAUAUAGUUAUCUUUCAUGCAACAAAGGGUGAAUCUUUCUAUUCUUGUUUCACAAAUUCUAGUCUAUGUUCCUGUAUUGCCAUUUUCAUGGAAUUCAAUGGUAUCCUUUAAUUUCUAGUUAUAUAUCUCCAUGAGAUAUGUACCAAAUACCUUGUUUCAUAUUGAAAAGUUUGAAAUCUAUCCUUAAACUUCCAGUUGUGUGUGUAUCCUAUGGUUAUCUGUAUGCAUUUUUUUCUAUUACUCUAAUAAAAUAUUUAUUAUAUCGAGGGA